ACCUUUGUUUCAGCAGAUAAGGUUUAACUGUGGAAACACAAGAGAUAAAAAGAGAAAUAAAAGCUUUGCUUGCCAUAAUACACCUAACUAAUUAACCUAAAAGUGUUUAGUCAGUGAGUACAGCUUCAACAACUAACUGUGCACGUUUAAACAGUGCUGAUGAGAUAAAACCUCAAUGCAGCUAAAGUGAUAAAAUACAUCUUGAGAGACAGAAGGGGUUUAAAAGCUACUCAAACUAUGCCGGCUAUAGGUUGGUGGUGCAUGCAGUGAGCUGGCAGUCCUUUAAUCCUUGCCAUAGCCUUGACAAAUCGGCCUGCGAGUUUCAUUUUUAUCCCCCUUUCCAGUAUUUUGAGCUCUAGAGUGAUGAACAAACCCUGGUUCGCCUUUCAGGCCUUUGAUGCAAUAUCCAGCCUUGGAUUACAGCCUUGCACAGACCAGAUUGGUACUGGCGCACUGGGUUAACAGGUGGAUGGUCUCAGAGCAUUCAGCUUUGAGGCAGACAGACAUACUUCAGAUUAAGGGGAUGAAGAAUGUAUAAAAAGCUUUACCAACCUUUAUAUUUAUAGAAACAGGGACAUGAAGUAAAACUUGACUUGAAGAAAAGAGAGCUAUUACAUAAGCCUAAAACCUGUGAGGGAAUGUGUUGCUGUGGAACGUCUGAAUUUUUGUUUAUCUGUGCAAAGUUUUUAAUAUUCACAUUAAAGGGGCAUUGUGUUACCUCUAUUGCACUCAUUUCAUUUCUCUUUCACUGAAGUUUGCGAACAUCUUUAACAGAAAUUUUGAAUCUCAAACCAAUUAUAGAGGUCAGUCUUUCUCCAAUUGGUGUGGUUUGAUCAUAUUGAGACAUACCAGGUUUGAAAAUAUUAUGUGUAACAGAAUUCCUGCCUCAAGGGAAGUUGGCAGAAUAACUCAACUUCUUGCCUUUUCUUCCUCAGCAUUGUCUAAUCUCUAAAUGUUUAAAUGAAAUGAAAAUAAAUGCAACAGUGACAUAGUUGGUAGCCCUGGUUCCUUUCAGCAAGAAGGUGUUGGAUUAAAAUCUCAAACUGGGGUCUUUCUACAUGGAGUUUGCACGUUCCACCUGUGCAUGUGUGAUGUCCUACCACAGUCCAAAACUAUGACUGUUGGGGUAAUUGCUCUCUCUCAGACUUAGAGUCCAAGACCAUGUAUACCAGGGUUUUUCCUGUAUUCAAAUUUGAGUGGCGGCCGCCUCCAGCUAAUUUUGUGCCGCCCCAGCCUGAUUUCACUCUGCCCCCAGCUAUAUGGAUGUUAUUUUAACUGCAGUUGCAGCGUUGCGCCACUACAGGAGCGCUGUAUCAGCAGCAGGGCACCGAAAAGCACUAAAACCGGUGCAGAAAAAGAUCAAAUAUUGCUUUUCUCUCUAGUUGGUACACAUCUAUCGUUGGUGCUAUGGAUGUCCUGACUUUCCCCAGGCUCUUCCAUUGCAGAGCAGGGCUGUACAGUGCGACGAAAAAACAGUCUGUGUGCGUUCGUCUAUUUUUACACGUAGCACUAGUGCAACAUCUUUGAUUACUAUCUUGCCCAGAACUUUAUUGAACAAAAGUUACGUAAGAAAAAUGCUUUUUACUGGCACACAGCGUGGUAAUCUGGAUGCAGUGAAGGGAAAUAAAGGAAUCAGCAAAGGCACAAAGGCAGAACCAGUCCAAAGUUUGGGAUCAAAAGUGCAGCUACACGCAGAUUGGCUAAUGCUAAAGCUAAUGGGUAGCAGUCUCAUGAUCAAGUGGUGCACAGAAAAAUACAUGAUGAUCGUAAAACUAAGGAAGACUAAACUCUACAAGCGGAUGAAAAGUCCCCACCAUCCAGUUAUUCUGCAUCCUGCAGCGCUAUGGAUCAGAACCGCUGCACACAGGAGCAGGAAGUACGGCAAACUAUUGUAGUAUAUAAUUCACAAACGCUUCUAUCUUUGAACAGAAUUUAAACUGGAUUAUUGCCAACCCGUACAUUAUAGACAUGCCACCAUUGCAUUGUUGGCAGCAGAAAUUAAAUGUUAUCACCAUUUCCAAUAUAAAUGCAUGUUAAUGAAAUGCAUUAUAUUUUACUGGAUAUUUUUAUGUAUUCUUUUGACUAAGAUGAGUGUUAUUAAUACAAACCUAAAAAAAAAAAAAAACUAAAACUAUAAAUAUCAGAUGGGAAAAAGGGAGUGUCAGGGACUUGCAUAAACCAGCCAGGAGAGCACGGAUGAUUUUCUUGACGUCUUAAUUUAUUACUUCUUUUCUUUUCUCCAAAGAGGGUUCCAACCAGCACUUGACAUUGCAUAACAAUGGACGUAGUAACAAAGGAACCCAAACUCAGGACCUGACUACAAACAUGUACAGAAAAGACCUCUACAAACACAACAGGAUCAACUUAAAUAGUGGCUGAUCAGACCACUGCCAACACACUAGGGUGGGGAGACAUCAAUAAACAAAGCACAUAAAUAAACUACCCCUAACAAAUUCAUACAAAUCAGUCCAUUAUGUCUGAGUUACUUAAAAUGAAUACAUAUUACUAUCAAAAUCCAACUACUAUUUACAAAAGAGAAUAACUAAAUACACAAACACAGGAAUCUUCUCCCUUGAGAGUUGGUAUGACCCAAUGGUGCUGAUUAGGCCAAGUGAUCUGCUACAGCUGCUGCAACUCCAAGGCCACUGGCAACUCAAAGAAAACACAUUAAUCAUACAAACCCCUACAGACUAAAACCGAUGAGUAACUGAAUGUGUGCACUUCAUACAGUCACCCAAACAGUCAAUCCAUAGAAACAAACACCUUUAUUCAAAUUAAAAGAAACAUUAACAGUCAUUUACUUGAAGUGUGACAGCAGGGCAGCUGUCACAGGGAACUAAAUGCCAAUCUAAUGCAUAUUAUUGAGCCUUUCAUAAUAAGAGCCUGAUAACUUUGUUGUUUUAUUUCAUAUUUUUUAGCAGCAAACCAGUUUUGUUUCACUUGAAAUGUUGUCAAAUAUAAUAUUCUAUUAAUCAACAGAAGCUUAGAUUAGAACACUUAACGAAAAAAAUAAUUGGCCUUUAAAAAAGUGAGGCAGUUGGAUGCACAGAGUAUGUAUGUGCUGGCGCAUGGUCAGGAUGGUACCACCUCUGCCUCAAUUUGAGCCAGGAAAAACCCUGAAUACAUAUAACCUGGUUUACUUUAAACAAAAACCAAACCUCCAUCUUGGGAAAAAAAAACUUGUUUACACAAGACCUUGUUUGCAGCAAUAAAAGCCAGUAUUGUGAAGCACAUACAUUGGUGUGGAAUGCCUAUAGGCGAAGGCAAGUCCCCAAAUCGUUGGCACCUUUGCUAUAAACCAUUACUUGGACGUGGAAUAACUAGGUGGUGGGCAAUAACCACCCAUCACACCAUCCUUUGCCUAUGGUCUUCUACAUAGAGCUUGUAAAAGCCGGUGUAAACACAAGUCACACAAUGAUAUGUCAGAGCAUUUUUUGUUAUGGGCAGUCCAUCCAUUCUCUUCCACUCAUCUGAGGUCGAGUUGUGGGGGUCAGCAACCUGAGAAAAGAGGCCCAGACUUCCCUCUACCCAGCCACUUGGGAUAGCUCCUCUAGAGGUAUCCCAAAGCAUUCCCUUGCCAGCUGAGAAAUAUUGUCCCUCCACCAUGUCCUUGGUCUCUCUUUAGGUUUCCGCAUCGGUUUGACAAGCCUGGAAAACUUCACCAGCAAGGCAUCCUAACCAGAUGUCCGAGCUACUUCAACUGGCUCCUCUCAAUGCGGAGAAGCAGCAGAUUUACUCUGAGCCACUCCCAGAUGACCAAGCUUCUUACAUCAUCUCCAAGGAAGAGCCCAACAACCCUGCAGAGAAAACAAAGUUUGGCCGCUUGUAUCUGCAAUUUCAUUCUUCUGGUCACUACCCAAAGCUCAUGACCAUAGGAUAUUUGACAGUUACCAUAGAGCCCCUGCCUCCUGUUGUUGUGGGUGAAACCGUUACCCUUAAGUGUAACUUCAAAACUGAUGGAAGGCUGCGGGAGAUUGUUUGGUACAGGGUCACAGAUGGAGGUACCAUCAAGCAGAAAAUCUUCACGUAUGAUGCCAUGUUUAACACAAACUACUCCCAUAUGGAGGACUACCGCAGACGUGAAGACCUCGUGUACCAGUCAACUGUACGGCUCCCAGAGGUACGAAUCUCCGACAACGGGCCUUACGAAUGCCAUGUGGGCAUCUACGACCGGGCAACAAGGGAGAAAGUUGUCCUAGCUUCAGGGAAUGUUUUUCUUACAGUAAUGUCACCUCCAAACAACAUAUCAGUGAUGGCAGAGAACACUCCAGCACCCUUCAGCCGAUACCAAGCCCAGAAUUUUACUCUUGUGUGCACAGCAAAAGGAGGGAAACCAGCCCCGUCUGUGUACUUUAAGCGUGAUGGCGAGUUGAUAGAGGUCAUCUCCUACAUCGAACCCUCUGCCAUGGAGAAGGUAGGAGGCUCAGCAGGCGUGAGAGGAGCCAGGCCACUCAUCAGCAGAGACCUUGAUGACACCAAACUGCAUCGGUCGCUCUCCCUCCUUGAUCCCGAAGGCCGAUCAGCCCGCCUGUACACAGAAAGCCCUCAGCGUUUCCACACUCAGGGCCAGCAGGCCUAUGAGCCGAGCCCUGCCACCGAGGUCAUCCCAGAGACGGUAGUGAGCCGGGAGUUCCCCCGCUGGGUGCACACCACAGACCCUCUGUACUACUUUAGUCACACUCACAUCCCCCAGAGCGACGGUUCUGUGGUUGUGCAGGCUAGGCUCACCUGGACCCUCAACCCUCAGCUGGAUAAUGAUGCUCUAUUCAGCUGUGAAGUUAAACACCCAGCACUGUCCAUGCCCAUGCAGACAGAGGUCACUCUAGCUGCACCUAAAGGUCCUAAACUCUUCAUGACCCCUACCAGGGCAAAGGUGGGGGACACUGUGCGGAUCUCUGUGCAAGGAUUCCAGAAUGAGGUGUUUCCUGAGCCGCUCUUCACCUGGACACGGGUGGGAGGCCGCCUGCUGGAUGGCAGCACCGAGCGAGAAGGGAAGGAGCUGAUUCUGGAGAGAGUGCCUGCAGAACUUAAUGGCUCCAUGUACCGCUGCACAGCUCAGAAUCCUUUGGGUUCCACAGAUACACACACUCGCCUCAUAGUCUUUGAAAAUCCAAGCAUGAUGAAGAACACACAGAAUCUAAAUAACGGGGCCUCCUGCGCAGGUGUGCUUGGACUGACGUGGAUUACGCUUGUCGUCACAGUUACGGCGGAGCUUACGUGAAAACUGAAAUUCAAGACAGCCGCUCUCAUGAACACACACACACACACACACACACACACAUCUUUGGCCCUAAAACACAUAGCAUCUGCAAAUGCACACAGACAUACACACACACACACGUAGUCCAGAGACUUUCCAGAGCCCUGCAAGCCUUCUCCUGCCAUCAUCACUCAAGUCACUGAAACAGGAAACAGUAUCACCCUCUGAUGGUGCUCACUGUUUUAAAAAUAAUAAUAAUCAAGAUAUUAUAAGAACAAUGAGAUGAACAUGACCGUAACCUUCUCCUAUAUAGAUCAUCCAAUGUCCCUUUUUUUGUUUCUUGUCCCAGAUCUGCUUGUUGAUGAAUAAAAUCAGUUGAAACCGAGACAAAAAAAAAGCUUUUUGAUUUUAUUUUUAAUGAUUCAAAAUGUUAUUGGUGUUUAGUGAAAUGUGAAACAUGGAACUGUCUCUGACUGCUCAACUCCUGUCAACCACUCCCAUCUGUUCCAUGUCCUGGAAUGAACCAGAUUGGCAAUGAGCUGAAAAACAAUGGAAGAGCAAAUCGGCAGAUGCUCCAAGAGAACUUUUUUUUAUAUAUAUUAAUAUAAUUCUCUUUUUGAUUGCUCAGAAUGUACAAGAAGACUUAAAUGCAUUGAGAAACUUGGAGAAAUCUCAUUUUUGAGUGUAUUUUGUGUACAACAGUGUAAAUAUUGAAAAAUAAUUAAAAGGUUAUAUGGGUUAUGGUGAGGGAUGGUUGCUGAGGUUGUUGUUUAUGCUUCUCCACGUUUGUUUGUACUUCAUUCAACUGUUUUCAGAAACAAAAGAAGAAAACUUUUGGUUUACCACUUGGAUUUUUUUAUAACUACACGACAGUUCUCCAAAGGACAGAUAAAAUAAAUCUAACACGUGUCUGCUGUUUUGGGGUUGUGGUGCAUGUAACGUUUCAAGAUUCUUUCUCCAUUCCAGGUGUUGCGACUGACAGCUCUGCAACUCAUUGUCACUGGCCUGUAAUCCAGCUAUUUACUUGUGACCUACAUUGUGUACAAUGCAUAAGUCUUUCCCCAGACAUUAACAGUACUAGUAGGAUCAUUUUAGCCGCCAUUCCAGUGAGGAGUUCACCAGAGGGAGCUUGUGUAAACAGGGUUGUUGCAUUUGUUUCAUUACACCUGUAUUAAAAUGGAGAGAUGAUAAAACUCACAA